ACAAAAGUGCUAUAUAUUGUGUAUUGUUAUACAGGCUAUCUUCCACGCUUAAAAUGGCUAUUUACAAGCAGUUUGCUUAUUCUGUUGUAUUGUUCCUCUCCCUGAUUGGAUCAAGCAUGGCAGCUCGCAUCCCCAGUGAUGAUGUGCUGGGAUGGGUGAAGAAGGAUAAUCAUCGUUUCCUCCAUGCUGAUAUCAGAGUUGGUGAUCUUAAUCGGACCAUUAAGUUUUACACAGAGUCUCUUGGAAUGAAGCUCCUGAGCCAAAAAUACUUCUCAAAACAGAAGUACUCAAAAGCAGUUGUGGGGUUUGGCCCUCAAGACACUCAUUUCGUUUUGGAGUUUACAUGCAUUCAUGGAGUUGAAAAAUACGAGAUUGGGACUGCUUUUGGACAUAUUGGAAUCGCCACUCAGGAUAUCUAUGCCAUGGUUGAAAACAUUCGAGUAAAGGGUGGAGUGAUCACCCGUGAACCAGCAGCAGGCCAUUCGACCAUCUACGCCUUUGGCCUGGAUCCUGACGGCUAUACCUAUGAGCUCAUCCAGAGUCCCCCUACUCCUGAGCCAAUCAGUCAAAUAAUGCUUCAUGUCGCCGAUCUUGAUCGUGCUAUUAAGUUUUAUGAAAAGGCUUUGGGGAUGAACCUACUACAGAAGUAUGAUAGCCCGCAAGAGAAGUUCACUCUUGGUAUGGUGGGAUAUGGAUCCAAUCGAACUCAGACUACUGUUCUGGAAUUGAAAUAUAAUUAUAACGUAACUGAGUACACAAGAGGAAACGGAUAUGCAGAGGUUGCCAUUGGUACCGAUAAUGUAUACAAGAGUGCUGCAGCUGUUAAACUGGUUACCAAAGAACUUGGAGGACAAAUAAUUCUACCACCAGGUCCAAUUUCUCAAUCCAACACCAAAAUCACUUCUUUCGUUGAUCCAGAAGGCUUUAAGACUGAUUUGGUGGACAAUAAAGAUUAUCUCAAGGAGGUGCAGAAGAAAGAGUGAUCAACCAAAAUCUAGCAUUAGGGUAGUACUAGUGCUUAUUCCUUUCCACGCAUAUUGAAUAAGGAGUCCUGCAUGCGGCGGACCAAUAUCUAAUUCUAUUGUGCUUAUGCUUUUGUACAUUCAUUUUUUUGUUAAUAACUUGUUUGUAUCUUCCCCAUAUUACUUACAUGAUUAUGUAAGCAGGCUAAUAUUGUAUGCUUGCCAUAUACAAUACGAAACCUGGCUUUGUAUGUAGUAGCACCAAUUAACCCUGAGGGGUAGAUCAACUAGUCCGGCCUUUGGUUUGCUUCUCAAUGGUCACCAGUUCGAGUCUCCUUAAGACUACUAGAGGUUUAUCUGGUUGUUAACUUCAAGACCUCAUGGGAGUAGUCGAAGUGCGUGUAAGCUGGCCCGGACACCCACGGUCAUAAAAAAAAAAAAAAAAAAA